GGGUGACGGGACUGAAGCCGGAAGUUCAGCAUAAGACCAGCAGAGUGUGAGUUAGCGGGCGUAACUUUUGGCCCUGAUUUGGCUCCGUACGCUGUGAUUACGUUCGUUUCUCAGGAAAACGAACCUGAAACUGCCUGCACGUACUGUUGUAGUUAUGUAAAUUCACGUGGACAAACGCGGACGAGUGGACGUCAGACGCACAAGCGCUGCAGUUCACUUUCGUUUCUCCACCUCCAGACUCCACCUGGAUACCAAAGUCGCUUUUGGCAGCUGAGGAGGUGAAGACGUGAAGGACAGCAAGCUGGAAAAUGGCGCCAGGAAAAGAGGGAACUUUGGAAAUGCUAACAACUAAAAGACGCGUGCUGAUGAUGAUUGUGUCAACUCUGCAGCCUCUGGAAACUACAGCAGAUCCAAACUUUCUGAAAGGUGUAAAACUGCUGAAUUCUGCUCUUCAGAUUCCUGCAAUACCUGUGAUUCGCUCGCAGCUCCUCAGCAUCUACAAUGAAAAGGAACAGGAGUUGCGAUCGACUUUGGCCUCGGUUGAUGACAUUGUGUUGACAUGUGAGUUGUGGUCUCCAAGGAAGCAAAACUCUUAUCUGACAGUAGGAUGCCACUUUGUGGACAUCCAUGGGGGUCUCAAGUCCUACAUGCUCCAAACUACCUGCCUGUUUGAAGACGAAUCGGCGGACAACAUCAAAACUCAGCUCUUAGCUAUCAUGGAGGCUUGGAACAUGAAAGAAAAGGUCCACAGUGUCGUCGGAGCUGGCACGCCACAACUGAAAAACGCCGAAACAAAAUGGAUGUACAUGCCUUGUUUUGCCAACACCUUGCACGAGGUAUUUGAGGAUCUGAUGAAUAAUAACGAGCUGUUGAAUGUUCUCAAAAAGUGUCAGAACAUUGUCGGGUUCUUUAAGAACGAUUCUGAAGCUGAGAGGGAACUCAGAGAGAUUCAACACAGGAUGAACAUGGAACAAGGUGAGCUGACCCUGUACACUGGGGAUCGAUGGCUCCCGUCACUGCACAUGCUUCAGCAGCUGAUUCAGCAGAACAAAGCCCUGAUGAUGGUGUGUGCACAGAGAGGAAAAACGGAUUUAAUCCUGAAUGAAAAUGAUAAAGAGAAGGUCAUGAACCUCAUAUCUGCUCUGGAACCUCUGAGCAAAGCCACAUCCAUGAUGAAAAAAGAAGGAUUCGAGACCAUUUCGGCCAUGCUGCCGCUACUGAAGCAGCUCAUGAAAAAUCUUGAAGGAGAGAGAAGAAAGAAUAAAGUCGCCCAGACAUUAUUUAACAAAUGUAAAAAGAAAUUUGGUGACAUUGACAACCACCCCCUGGCUCUCAACACAUUCCUCGACCCUAGAUUCAAAAAUGAGCUCGGAGACGAAAACAAAAAACGAGCGAUGGAUAAAAUACAGAAGGAGCUCAGUGCAGACCCAGCGUCCCCUACGGCUACAGAACCUAAAGUCCUACACAGAUACAUGGCCUACCCACCCAAUGCAAAGAAUUCAAACCCUUUGGCCUGGUGGAGGCUCACAGGAAGGAAGAACUUUGGUGAAUUAAGCAAGCUGGCUCUGAAGAAACUGGCGGUUGUGUCCACUGCUGUGCCCUUAGAGAGAGCUUUCUCCAGUGCAGGUGAUUGGUUCUGCAACCGGAGGAGCUUCAUUGAGCCAGAAAACCUCAACAUGAUCCUGUUCCUCAAAACCAACUGUGACAACUGGACCUCAAGUGCUUAGACACAAACACACUGCAAAAGAUGGAAUCUCCUGUUUUACUCUGCUGAAGUUUGGUGGAAUUCAGUGUGGAGCUUCUUCUUUCACAAAUCUUUGGUUGGGUUCAGCUCUAAUCGUGCUCCAUUACCUGAAGCAACGUCACGUCAGCGUCCUUGUUGGGCUCCAGUUGCUUCGUUCCGGAUGUCGUUGUGAAAACGUUUGUGUAUUGGAGCGAUGAAGCCUUCCCUUCCCUUCCCUUCCCUUCCCUUCCCUUCGUCUGCCUGCCUUCCUCGCUCACGUUCCUCUCGCAGGGGCUGACUAGCGCCAACAGUUCGGGACACACCACAAAAAUUACAGCCACAGCUGCUCAGCGGCUGCGCCAACAUCGUGGUCACUUCUUAUGUAAAUUCUUUUUUGUAAAUACUCAACAGUAAUUUUAUGCGACUACUCAAAUAUGGAAAUUACUUAAAAUAUCCGUCCCUUCUGUGAACUGCUAUACAAAGCUAGCAUGCUAUCAUCAUUCACCAUUCAGUUAGCUGAUUUGUUUUUAUGCUAACUUUCUGUGGCACACCAGCGCACGCAGUCUGAAAAUCCACCACAAAGCUAGAAAUUUUCAACGUUCUGUCAGCAAAUUCUGGAGUAAAAACACGUAAGGAAGAGUUUCGCAAACACAUCAGACAUCAUGGAGGACGGACGGAAGUGUGGCAACGAGGUGCUGAGUCAUCUUCCUGUUUGGAGGAAAUGGCUGCUUGCAUCUGUCAUGUGACCGCUGCUUGCUGUUCCCGUCUUCUUCAGAAAAGCGUUUGAGCUCUGCGCCUCCGGGUACAACACGGCAUCAGCAGUUCGGGGGUUGUUGAACGAGUCUGCUGUCACUGCUGCACUGAGGUUAGCUUCAGGCUGGCGGUGGUGAAAGCGCAGUGUAGCGGUGGCGUCGCUAACCGUAUCCAACUGCCUCACGUCUAAGAAAACGGCCAAUUUAAAAAAUACGUUAUCAGCUCUGGCUUUUGUGAGUGUGUGUCAUUUUGUUAUUUCCUUGUGAGAUUAUUUUAUCAGUAUGUCUUUUUUAUCUUUAAGCACUGUUCUAUUCUUAUUGUGUUUUUCAUUUUAGUUUGCUUUUAACAUUUCUCAUAAUUGCAAUCAUCUUUCGUCACAUUUUGAAAACUCUUUUUACAGAAAGCAAAUUAAAUGGAAAAAAACAACUUGUAGUAAUGAAUAUUUUAAGAUUAGAAAUGAGGUUCAGAAAAAAUUAUGAUACUUUGUGUUUGCGGAAAUAAACCUUUAAGUUGUUUUUCUUCAUGUCUUCAUGUUCUGUCUUAGUUUUGAUGAUUGUAAAUGUAUUUCUUUUAUCAAAAAAGUAGUCAUGUAUUAUUAUAUUACUAAUAAAAUAGAAUUUCACCCCAUUUAACUGUCUUUAAUCUGUGCUGCUACGACUGAGUAUUUUCUUUAUAUUAAGUCCUCACAUUCGGGAAGCUGGAACGAGUGAAUAUCUCUGCUCGUGGAUUUUUAAAAUAGCUGCUGAUACAUUUUGAGCCAGCAACUGUUUAAUCACUACAGCUCUGAUGUUUACAGCACUUGUUUGUUCAUUUGUUGGCGCUCUGUGGGUGCUGUGAGCAGUGUUUCUUACAGCCAGCAGGGGGAGCCACCACAACACCAGAAAAGGUGAGGAAUGUGAAAAAUUGAUUGAUUAAUGGACAGUUUCAGCUCUACUUGUACAAGCUGCUGGAGAGUUUAAUUUAAAACAAUUUUAUUUUAUAAAAUUUUACAAACACUUUUUGUGCUGGACAGAGACUCAAACUAGAUAAACCAGACAGGACUGCGGUGGGA